AUGGACUACGCUAAGCUCUUAGGCAAGGAUGUCACGCAGGAGAUUCAUGAUCUCUUCACUGAGCCCAUUGACCCCGUGCAGUUUUCGGCAAACUUGGCCAAGGCGUCUGAACCCCUCUGGAGACCGAGUCCUGCUCCGGUGCCUGGAAUUGAUCGAAUCUUUCGUUACGGUGUUCAUCUUUUGGGUGAGGCCAUUGAAUACAAGCCUGACGAAACAGAGGCACGGCCGCUGAUUGUGGAAAAUGACUCUAGCUCGCUGAAUCAGGGAUCCGGGGAAGACGAGGAGGACAUAACCUCACAAAGCUUUCCAGGAACCAGGGAGGAAGACGGCAAGGAGACUAUGCAUGUGGCUCAUUUGGCCAACGCUUCGCCACAAAAGUCCAUGACAAAAGCGAACGGUCAAUUGGAGAAGCAGACAAUUGCUGAGAAUACCAGUGAGAGACGCCAAUCGGUGGUGAGUAUCUCUGACGACACAAUUGAGCUGCCUCCCUUGGGAGAACUAGACGUGGCCGGGAGAAAUAUGUUUUUGACUAGAAUUGCCUCCGUUCUUAGACUCUGGUUCGGUAAUCUAUGGGAGGCAUCCAAAAAGAAUAACCUUGAUGCUGUGGGAAUCGUUUUUGAUCUUCCAGGAUCCAAGGGAAGACUCACAGAACAGCACUUAGCGGAGCUAUUACUCCGAGUGAAGUGGUUCAUGGACGCUGUGUUGUCGCUACCCAAGUCCCACAUAGGCUAUUUGGGCUCCCUCAAAGAGCUUAUCCUUCUUAUGCAUGAGAUCCUUAGAGGUUUAUAUAAAGCAAUUGCUUUGGAAAGAGACAAACCGGGAUCAAGGCGAUUUCUUAUUGUCAAGAGUGUUCUUCACUCAUUCUUCAAGGUUGAUAUAUCACAAACUCUUGAUAAGCUCAACGCUCACACUUGGAGAAGCUCCGACCAGAUCGAAAGCGCCACAGAAAAUGACAUACGUCUUUCUUACGAAACAUUUAUGCAUCUUUACGUUAUACAGGGCUCUUUAGCCAGCAGCCCGCUUAGCAUUUUACUUCUCGACAAGGUAUCGCUAUCAUUGGAUAUCACUACAAUCAAGACAACUUCGCCCAACGUUUACACCAACUACCUUUCUCACCUUGAUUUCGAGGAAUCAGAAAAGCUCAGCCCUUACAUCUCUAGAAUAAUGCCGUUGUUGGCUGCAAAUUUCAACUACUUUUACGGCCUCAUGGAUGACAUGCUUUCGUACACAUUGAAUCAUUCUUCAUUUUUUUCGUGGAUCACAGGGCACAGGCUUAGUACCAAUGGCUAUAUGUCAAUAGACACUUUGGAACAGAUAACAAACCUACAUAAAAAUUGCAAGAAUCUCUGCUCGGUUGAGAAAAUCAAGCACGACCCCUUGCUUGAGGAUAUUCUUCGCUUUGAGUGCACCACAAGACUCAAGGCAAUUGGUGUGAUUCAGGCUGAAGAUGAGAGAGCAUUAAGGGCUCCAGGCUUUUUAAACGUGACAUUGCUUCUUUACACGUUAGUCCAGAAUGCCUCGUUUGUGAAGAUAUUGACGUCACAAAAAGAAAAAUCUUUAGAGUCUGUUUCCCUUCUACGUUUGUGGCUUUGCGUAUCUUCGUACAUUUUACAUCAUCAGGCAAAACUGAGGAUCAAUACCUAUAGCUCUAGGCUCGUGCUCUUGAUUAUAUUAACGCUAGUUCUGAAGAAGACAGGAGCUAUGGAGAACCUAAAAAAAUUGACAAUAAAUGAAUUCAAGUGGAAGCUUUGUCAUCACAAAUCUCCUGUCGUUCCAAAUGACUUGGGUGAAAAAGGAGAAAAGAAUAUUCUUUUGUACAUUGUGGACAUCGUUCAAGUCAUGUUGAGAUUCAACUUAAGUAAGAAGCUUGAUUUAGACAACUGCAAGAUUUCAUUGACUGUGCUCUAUCAUAUUUUACUUGAGUUUGAGGAAAAUCCUGUCGAUGGUAUCGGCGCGUAUAGGUGGGUCGAGCUUUAUAGGACCUUGAUUCAUUUCGUGAAAUUUGUUGCCAAAAACUUCAACGAAGAGGACUUGAAAUAUGUUGUUGAAGAAGUCUAUCUGAUUUUUGACUUGAUAUUGAGUCCACGUUACGAUAACAUCUAUGAAAUCUCUGAGGACUCUUGGAUCUUUGGCUCUCACUCAGUGAAGUCGGUGAAGUAUGAUUUGCUAUUUUCAAUACUUCAGCAAUUGCAGCCUCUAGUUGCAAUUUAUGACAGGUUCAUUCCUAGAAGAGCCAACUUUCAGCGCGUCGAUGUAUAUAUUCAAAAGCUCCUAGAGGAAUUCAAUCCCCAAGAAACCAAGGAACGUGACCUAUACGAGGUGAACUCCAAGCUAGGAAAAAUCACUCUGGAGCUAGGGACGGCUCAAGACGAGCCGGAAAGAGAAAACCCACCAUUGACCACGGUAGUCUUGGAGUCAUUCAACUACUCGGAUACCUUCAAGUAUUUGGAUAAGUACCAGGACUACAUUGAUUUUGACAGGCAAGUUGAAAUUCUUGACAUGUUUGCCGUGUUAUACGACUUCACGUGGGUAAGCCGGAGACAUAAGAAGUGA